CCUUACAUACAUUUUCUUUUAUAACUUCCGUGCCCUAGCGGAACACGCAAUAAUAUCCGCUUAUAAUGCCUAAGUGUAAUAAAACUUACCAAUGUACGACAAUUAAGAUAUUGAAAUUCAACAUUCACUAAGAAUUUUAAAAGUAUGUCACUAAUCGAUAAAUUACAAGAGCCUGAUGACAACAUACCAUUGGCCGAUGAGGACACACAAGUGAUUAUUAACGAUGAUGAUCCACAUCAACAUAUGCCAAAUGGACAUUCGAUGGAUUCGCUCCGCUCGUCAUUUACUAACCGCAGCUCCACCCCUGACUCAUCACACAAUUCAUUAGAAGUAGAUGUAAGUCCCGAUGAGAAGGAAGAAAAAGCUCGCCUUAUUACACAAGUAUUGGAACUGCAAAAUACACUCGACGAUCUUUCACAGCGUGUUGAUUCUGUAAAGGAAGAAAACUUAAAAUUACGUUCUGAGAAUCAAGUGCUUGGACAAUAUAUAGAGAAUUUAAUGUCAGCUUCCUCUGUAUUCCAGUCAACAAGUCCAAAUGCAAAAAAGAAGUAAAACAUUAACAGGACUAAUAGUAGCUCCUUAGGCGGUUCGAUUAGGCUUAAAAAUAAAUAUAUUUUUUUUUCAUUGCUGAGUUGCAAAUGUUCCGAUGUUCAAAUAAUCUAGUGUAAUUUCUAUAAGUUUAUUUCAUCAAAUUUUCCUUACAUUAUUCAUUAGUUUUUAACAAAAAAAUGUUUAUUAAUUAAACACAUUUUUAGCAUACAGUACACAGCGCUUUGCACACAUUUACUUCGCGAUACCAAAUAAAAUGCCUUUAACUGAACAAUAAUUUUUAUUAAAACACAAGCCUUUUCCACAAACUAAAUAUAUCAUACUAACCCAAAUUUUUGUCUGA